GCGAAACGAAACCAGUCCUCCUGCCAGCCAAACCCUAGUAUCCGCCGCCGCCGCCGCCGCCGCCGCCUCCAAUAAACCAGAUGGCGCUGCGCUCUCUUGUUAGGAAGAUGCCGGCCCUCGGUGCCAGGUCGCCAGCGAUGGGCCGCCCCGUCCACGCUCUCUCGCCGGCGACUGGUUUUCGCUUCAUGUCCCAGGGUGGCACGGGGGGCCCAGUGGUUUAUUCUGAUGAUGAUGAGGCCAAACACCGUGAGGUCAUAAAGCGCAUGACUGCAGAGUUUGACAAGAAUAUAAAGGAGAUACACGAGAAUCUGGAUGCUAUGGAAGAAGCUGAGAGGCUUCGCAAUGAAGACUAUGCAAAAUACCGCAAGAAGCUCAAUAAAAUUGAGACGGCGUGCGACGUUGCUCUUAUUGUGCUGGUGCCAACAACUGUCCUGCUUCUUAUGUCUCUGUAGUUUUAUUUCUUCUAGUUCGAUAAGCAACCUUAUUAUCUACUGGGUUAAGGAACCCUAUCAUGGUUUGUGUAUGUAGUAUAUGCUAGGCUUGAAUGGUUGCAGUGACUCAGGUUCUGAGGUAACAAGUAUCUAUGUGUCUGAGUUGGUUUGACAUUAUUAUUAAUCCUAAUGGACGUAUUUAUGCUAA